GAUUUUUGAGAAGUGGGACCCAUGGCGGUGUCGAUGUCUGAGCCAGGUGAGGGUGAGACCCCUGGCGCCAUGCGCUGGCCCCCAGGAUCCCCUGGGAAACUCAUUCUGUUCACAGCUGUGUGAUUCUUUUCUCUCUGUGUUGGUGAAGCAGCCAGACCCGGUCCGUUUGGAAUGCCUGGGAUGGUGCCGCCGCACGUUCCUCCUCAGAUGCUCAACAUUCCGCAGACCUCUCUGCAAGCAAAGCCCGUGGCCCCACAGGUGCCCAGCCCAGGGGGUGCCCCGGGCCAGGGUCCAUACCCGUACAGCCUCUCUGAGCCAGCAGCUCUCACUUUGGACACGAGCGGGAAGAAUCUGACGGAGCAGAACAGCUACAGCAACAUUCCUCACGAAGGGAAACACACGCCCUUGUAUGAGCGGUCGUCGCCCAUCAACCCGGCCCAGAGCGGCAGCCCCAACCACGUGGAUUCCGCCUACUUCCCUGGCUCUUCUACAUCGUCAUCUUCCGACAACGACGAGGGCAGUGGAGGGACGACAAAUGACAGCAGAACUUUCAACACCUGUUCUCUUACACUGCGUGUCUGAAUUCCGGGAAGACUGCAGGAGUAGCCUGAGGCGCGCACGUGGCUGAGUGUGGUGAAUGCAUACCGGCCGCCCGGCUCCCAGCUCCGGGUCAUGAAGGGCCACUGGGCGUUUCCCUGUGUCGUGCCUGUGUCUGCUGUGUUAGUAGGAGCUCCUGCUUCUCCCUGUUAACACCCUCCAGUUAGGAUUGUCAAGUACAAUGUCACAGAAGGAUGGCUUAGGGGAGUUCAAUCUCUUCCUGAACUGUGCCGUGCGGAAAUAUAUGUAAACUCAUGAGCAAGGUGGACAGUGUGAGUUCAAUCUUCAUCCAAAUGCACCCCUGGAAAGUCAAACACUUCAUUAUUAUGCUGAUUUAUCCACCGUGAAAAUAUCACAUUUUUGAUCAUGAUGAUUCUUCAUCUCUGAGGGCAAUAGACACCACCUAUGUUUUGAGAAGGUCCUGGCAGAAGCAAUGAUACGUGGGGUAAACAGAACGCCGAGCUGCCUGGGCAGAAUUCAGGUCCCUCCAAUUUACUGAGGAACAGAAGGAGACUGCAGCUGCCAGUCUCUUUGCAAAAGCCCAUUCUAGUGCCAAGCUCAUGGGAUGCCAGGCACACGUGGAUUCCAGACAAGCAACCCAUGUGUUGCACUCAGAGUCAAGGGCAUGGUUGUGGUGAAGUCAGACACUGAGUCUCCAGAUAUGCUGUGAGGACAGGAAGUUGCUCUCCCAGGAAAGGAGCUACUUGGGAGACAGUGGGGGAGGAAGCGGUGCAGCAGUGGACAUCCACCUUCAGCCUCCCUCUGCCACUCCCCUCCCCUGUACCCUCAAGGGUCUUAUUCAGAUGCUGCUGGGCGGGGCCGGAUGUCUGUAUUCUUUGCAGGUUCCUCUCAGGAUUCAGAUGGAGGGCAAAGCUCGGGAAGCUUCCAAGGGGCAUGGCUUGAGACUUGAGAAGGGGUGCACACUCCCCGGUUCCAGCCCACAGGCCCCUGGCCUCUCACAGCUCCUGACCCUGUGGUCCGCGGUGUGACCAGCCUGUCCUUUCACCCCUGGGCUCUGUCCUUCUGCAUUUGCUGUGUGUGGGUGAGCUGCGGGGUACAGCUCACACGGGCUCCUGUCCUGCCAGCUUCACUGGGGUCCAGUCCCUGGGGAAUCCCAGAAGGAGACCAAAGGCAGGAGCAGCCUAGGGCCGGGCACUGAGCCUCCCGGCUCCUUCCUGUGAAGCUACCUCAGCUGGCUCUGUCUCGGGCAGCAGGGGUGACUCACAGCUCUGUUCCUCAGGGCUCCUCCAGCCCAGCCCUCCUGUGGUGGCCCCAGGUUUGGAGCUGGUCAUGGCUGGACGGGGGACAGCUCCAGAUCCCUGCCGGCAUGCGUUUCCUGCUGCUGCACUAAGGUCUCACUCCCAACCUGGCAGCCUCAGGCAGCCAGGAGGAUUUGUUAACCUCCUGUGCUGGAAGACAAAACCAAAAAUUAGUCUUGCUGGGCUAAAGUCAAGGUCUGGGCAGGGUGGGCUCCUGCUGGGGGCUCCUCUUGCCGUCUCUGACUUCCCAGGCUGCCCAAGGCCCUAGGCUGCUCCCCUCUCCACUCCCGGCCUCCACUCAGCAUCUGCUCUCCCAGCCCUGCUGCUGCUGCCUUCACACCCCCUUCUCUGACCCUCCCUCCUGCGUGGAGGGACCCUGCGAUGAUGGUGCACCUGCCUGGCUCAUUGCAGCCUCUCCCCACCUGAAGAGCCUGUGUCAAGUCCCAUCGGCAAGGGUGCUGGUGCCAUAUGAAGGUGACAUGCACUGGACCAGGCUUUCAGAUGUGGGCCCCUUGAGGGGACGUUACUCUGUCUACCAACACUGCCGCACGCAUUGCAAUUCCAGACACCCAUACUUUUGGAAACAGUCCCUUGUGUAUGAACCUUCCUCAAAGUCACCCAAUUCCAGCACUGUCUGUUUCCCUGACAGGGUGUGCUGUCCUUGGCUCUUAUUUCAAAGCAGUUCAAGAAGGGAAAUCCAUGUAGCAUGAUUGUCCAUGCAGCCACAGGCUCCCCCAGCUAAGCCUGAGCUUCCUCAGGGGCUGUGUCCUCACCCUGGCUCCUUGCCCUGCCGGCGAUCUGACUGCUCCGGCAUCCCCUGCCCGCCCCUCCCUCCAUGCGCACACCCUCUUCCCUCUCCCCAGCCUCCACUCACUCAUUCAACAGAAUUGGGCAGAGCGCCUCCCUCACAGGAACAGGAGGAUAGGAAGUGAGACAGACAGGACUUCUGCGCCCAGGUGGCGGACAGCCAUGGAGAGAGUGGAGGGGGACAGAAGGGGACACACAUGAGAUCCCCUGUGGCCUCUGUGGUGCAUCGUUACACUCUGAGAAGUGAGGCAGGAGGCCCACAGGGAAGGACCACAUUCAGAUGGGAGCACAGGGGCAGCAGGCUGACCCGGCCUCGAGGUGGGGAGGCUGCCCUCGAAGUGAAGCUGGAGCAGAGGCCGGGCACCGAGUGGUCAUUCGUGAGGCCCUUGGAGGACAGAGCUGGGCCCCGAGGGUCCCUGCUUAGUGGUGGGUCUCAGAAUGAGCGGAGCAGGGGCUAGGAAAAACCUGGAGGGGGCAGAGCCCGGCAAGGAGGCCGGACCGGAGUAUCCACUGUUUGAAGAGAUCGCACAGGCUGCAGCAGGGAGACUGGACGGAAGGAAGUUCUGGGACAUUUCAGCUAAAACAUCUACUCGGCUCUUGGCAGCCCACAUUUGGGAAAUGAGAGAACAAGGAUGUGUCUGAGUCCUACAUGAGAACGAGCCGGAUGACUGGUCAUGCCAGCCUCGGAAACUGACAUCUGGGAAGACCCCAUGAAGCUUGGGAAUGACAUUGUCUUACAACAUGGGGCAUUUCAAGAUGACUUUGAGAGUCUCAGUGGAGAUGGGGAGAGGCAGGUGGAUUUACGGGUCUGGAAGCUCACAGAACUUUGAGCUGGUGAUCCAAUUUGGAAGGCUUGGGCUCAAAAAGAUCAACUGUUAGGAACUGCUGUUGCUCCAAAGCCCUCCUGCCCUGGCCCACACAGCCUCACCAGGAGGCAGAGCCAGCUGGCUGCAACUCCGACCCCUGCAGCCCAGGACCCUGGUGCCUGCUGUCCACCUUAGUGAGAAGUGAAUGAUUCUUUACAGAGUUGCAUGGGACAGCGUUGCCUCCCCACCAGCCUGGACUAGGGCAGCCCAGCGUCCUCUCAGGGUGAGGAACUCUUCCCCACACCUUUAUAGGACUGCAGGAACCAGCACCAGCACAGUGAUGCCCGUGGUAUGCUCGUCUUCUGCACCCCUCUCAAGGGCAAGUCUAAUGAAGGCAAGUUCACAGACCACAACCAUGAAGCGUACAGACUGGCCACCACUGCUAACUCCCUUACCCACCUGGAAGGCAGGCGUCCUGGCCCAGGCUCAAUUGCAUUCUCUAAUGAAUACAGACAGGAUUCUGGCUGGUU